ACAUUAGAGUAAUAUAGCAAGAAGCUAGUUCAUCUUUUGAAUGAUUGUGGAGCUUGAUAGGAGUGGUCCUAAUAUUUGUGCUCAGCAACAAAAACAAUUAUCUAUGAUCCUAUAUCCUUGAUCCUAUAUACAUUAUUGAGAGCUAAGAUUCAAGUAAUAUUUUGUGUUUUAUUACUAAAAUGUGGGUACAUUCAAAAAACUCAAAUUCUCACAUUUUGAGAAACCAGUCUCCAAGCCCACAAGAAUCUCAAAAUAUUAGAGGAAAGUUGUUUGCUAGACCUAUUUCUUGGUCUUCCACUGACAGUUUCAGUCAUUUUCAAUACAGAAAUCCAGCUACAAGAUGGAACAGAUUUUCUUCAUAUAAGGUAGAUCCUGAGCUGAUCUUUACUAAACAAGAACGAAUUGGCAAAGGAUCUUUUGGGGAAGUGUUUAAAGGUAUAGAUAACCGCACCACUCAGGUUGUUGCCAUCAAAAUAAUUGAUUUGGAAGAAGCAGAAGAUGAAAUUGAAGAUAUCCAGCAAGAAAUCAUGGUACUCUCUCAAUGUGACAGUCCAUUUGUCACAAAGUAUUAUGGAUCAUACCUGAAAGGUACUAAACUAUGGAUUAUCAUGGAAUAUUUGGGUGGUGGAUCAGCUUUGGACUUGAUGAAAGCUGGUAACUUUGAGGAGAUGCAUAUUGCUAUCAUUCUCAGAGAAGUGCUCAAGGGUCUGGACUAUCUGCACAGUGAAAGAAAACUGCACAGAGACAUCAAGGCAGCUAAUGUCUUGCUGAGUGAAAUGGGGGAUGUCAAACUUGCUGAUUUUGGAGUGGCCGGCCAGCUGACGAACACGACCAGCAAGCGCAACACGUUCGUCGGCACGCCUUUUUGGAUGGCGCCCGAGGUGAUCAAACAAUCGGCCUAUGAUUCGAAGGCAGACAUCUGGAGUUUGGGCAUCACGGCGAUCGAGCUGGCAAAGGGUGAGCCGCCCAACUCGGAGUUGCACCCAAUGCGAGUGUUGUUUCUCAUUCCGAAGAACAACCCACCACAGCUGACGGGUAGCUACAGCAAGCAGUUCAAGGAUUUCGUGGAGGCGUGCCUGAACAAGGAUCCGGAGAACAGACCAACUGCCAAAGAAUUAUUAAAAUACCAAUUCAUACGUAAGGCGAAGAAGAACUCCUAUCUGAUCGACCUGAUAGACAGGUAUAAAAAGUGGAGGUGUACCAGAAACGAGGAAAGCGAGACGGAAUCCGAAAACUCAGACUCGGAAGAACCGAAACAAGAUAGCGACUUGGACGAUCCCUGGAUAAUGACUGUGAAAGGCAACAUGAAGCUGACGUUGGAAGAGCCACUAUCACUGAUCCAUAAUAAACCAUCGAGCAAAGUACAAAAUGGCUCCGGUCCCAUGAUUAGUAAAUCGCCGCCGACUGAUUCAAAUCUCAACCAUUACAGGCCGGAAAAAUCCACACCAUCGAUCAAGUCCCAGCCCUCGGUUGUCCAGCCCUCGCUGGACAACAGGACAAAGGACAAGGACAGAGAACGAGAGCGAGAACGAGAAAAGGACGCGGAAAGGGAGCGAGAGCGAGAUAGGGAGAGGGAGCGGGAGCGAGAGAGGGACAGAGGAGACGGCAACAAAGAGAAGGAGAAGCGGAUAACGAGAGAAACGAGAGAAAUGAGCGACCCGAAGAGCGACAAGAAGCCGAACAGACGGUCGACGUCCAGAGAGCAUUCUGGCAAUUAUGGUGGGAAGAUCGAGCAGAGCAGGUCGGCUGCUUUGAACGGGUUCAUCUAUCCUUUGAUAAGCGAGUUGCAGCGCAAGCACCAGUACAACGGCAGAUCGUCGUCGGCGGCGGCGGAGUCGUCGCCCGGCAAGUCGGCCGACUCGGCCGCCUUGGAGGAGCUGGAGGCGGCGUUCGAGAUGGCGGAGCGGUCGUGUCCGGGCAUCGGCGAGGCGUUCGUGCGCGGGCUGGUGCGCAAACUGGCGCCCAACGUCACGGAGCAGAGGCUGCAAGGGGUGCUCGACAAGGUCGUCAGGGAUACUCUAUAAGGAUAACAUUGGGGGUUGUUGAAAAUAUCUGUUGAUCGAAUGUAAUAGUUUUUCCUAUUUUCCGAGUUGUUGAAAUAAUUACCUACCGAUUACAUGACAAUAUCUUAUAUCUCUUGAGCUUAUUACUGGUAAACUUAAGCGAGCGUUCACAUAGAAUAAUAGGUUUUUCAAAUUAACUGACACUGUGCAUGUUGUUCCACUCACCUUUGGACAGAGUUUCAAAUAUCAAAAUUUGUUGUCAUUAGUCGCCAUUCUAGGAGAUUCGAAUUUUCUAGUGGACUUUUUAUUCAUUUGAUAGUUAUUUCUUGAAAUUGAUUAAUGCCAUGCCCUAUCGGGAUGUAUUUGUAUAUAUGUAUAUCUAGAUUGAAGUAUAUUGUAUUAUUAAGAUAAUAUUUUCCUUGCAAUGUAUUUUUUUAGAUGUGUAAAUACCUAUCAAUAAAAGUUAUUCUAUUGA